GUUUUGUUCCUUAGAUGAAUCUACUUGUUUUGUUGCGGAUUUUGGUGUGGAAUUGCGAUUUUUGAGAUCUACUUCAUGUGAUUAUUCAUGCGAUUGGUUUUAUGCUAUUUGUUUCAUGAAUUCAACUUAUUUUUUUCUUUCUCAUAUAUGCUAUCUCAUGUUUUUAGUGAUAAUUUACAUGUUAUAAACUUAUGACUCGAGUUUCUGGUUUAACUUCUUAUCUCAUCUUUGUUUCAUGGAAGUAAAUGAUAAGAAAAUUUAUGUUACAAUUUGUAGAUGCGCAUAUUUGUGUUCACUUGUUCUUGUUUAAUUUCAUGAGAUUAAUUUUUCAAGUGUUGUGGCUGGAAAUCAGUAAUGAAUGACCUGUCAUCCCCGGGCCCAGGGCGGCCGCCCCUCUUGCCCUGGCUCAGGGACGGGCCUGCAUUUCGAGCUCCGAUUUGCUCUUCGUUCUGCAAAGUUCAGCUAUGUAAAAACCCUAAUAGAUUUUUAUUGAAGAAGCUUCUUUUCCCCCAAAGUUUGGUGUUGUCUGGAUAUCACUCAAUUUGGGGAGCAACCCAGGUUGCCUUUUGCUAUGCUGAGGAUAUCUCAGAAGAUUCGACAAAUAACCAGCUGCCUGCAAACUCUCAAAAUGGAACCGAAGAGCUUGAGUUGCGAAACAAGCCCUCUCCCAUGAUGCCGGUUAAUGGUGCCUCUGAUACAAAGGUUGAGAGUGAACCUAAAAAACCAGAUAAAGAAGAGGCAUUGGAGCCUUUUCUGAAGUUUUUUAAGUCAAAAGAUUUGGAGGAAGAAGUUGUCGAACAAAAUGGUAUUGAACGUGUUAAAGAAUCUGAAAAGGUUGUUGUCGAGUAUUAUGAGCCGAAGCCUGGUGAUUUUGUUGUUGGUGUUGUUAUCUCUGGUAAUGAAAACAAACUGGAUGUCAAUGUUGGCGCAGAUUUGUUGGGCACGAUGUUAACCAAAGAGGUGCUUCCGUUGUAUGACAAAGAGAUGGAUUAUAUGUCAUGCGAUUUGGAUAAGAAUCCUGAGGAAUUUAUGUCCAAUGGGAAGAUGGGGAUUGUCCGAAAUGAGGAUGCUGGAAGUCGGCAACCGGUUUCUGGUAGGCCUGUUGUGGAUGCUGGAACUGUUUUGUUUGCUGAGGUGCUUGGUAGAACACUGAGUGGCCGGCCAUUACUUUCAACUCGGCGCUUUUUUAGACAAAUUGCUUGGCAUCGCGUGAGGCAGAUAAAACAGCUAGGUGAACCUAUUGAAGUUAGAAUUACAGAAUGGAAUACAGGUGGUCUCCUUACAAGAAUUGAGGGUUUACGAGCCUUCCUCCCUAAGGUUGAGUUGGUUGACAGAGUAUAUAGUUUUACUGAUUUGAAAGAGAAGGUGGGAAGUCGAAUAUAUGUGCAAAUCAGUCGAAUUAAUGAAGAAAAUAAUGACUUAAUACUCAGUGAGCGAGAAGCUUGGGAAAAGUUGUACCUACAAGAGGGAACCCUUCUGGAAGGAACUGUCAGGAAAAUUUUUCCUUAUGGAGCCCAAGUGACGAUAGGACAAACAAACAGGAGUGGGCUCCUGCAUGCUUCCAACAUAAGUCAUGGUAAAUUUGAUUCAGUUAGUGAUUUAUUAGCGGUGGGGGAGAAGGUCAAGGUUCUAGUCAUAAGAUCUUUGUUUCCAGACAAGAUAUCUCUGAGUAUUGCCAAGCUGGAAAGUGAGCCUGGCCUCUUCAUAUCAGACAAACAGAAAGUAUUUGCAGAGGCUGAAGAGAUGGCAAGGAAAUAUAAACGGAAAAGGCCAAGAAUUUCCGCUACUAAGAAAUCUGAACCCCUAACUAGCAAUCUGUUGUUUGAAGAUGAAGCAAGUCUUUAUGCAAAUUGGAAGUGGUUUACUUUCCAAAAAGAAAUUGAACCAGAUUCUCAGUGAGCUUACUGUUGACAUUUUUGUGGCAUGGGGGUGACUUGUUGAAUUAAUGUGACUCAGAGCUGGUUGCUGAUGAGCCAUUAACGUGCAAGGAUUUAUCACCAUUUGCUGAAGUGAUGGUUGUCAUUAACUUUCCACGAAAAAAGGUAUCUGACAAGGGCAGAAGUUGCUUGCCAGAAACAUCACUUAAUGAGAACUUGCCUUCUCAUUUUUGUACAACCAUGUCCGUGGGUGUAAGAGUUUGCAUUUUGUGAUCGUCGGAAUGAAGGGCAGAAAGAUCAGCAUAUUUCCUUAUGAUCCGUGCCGAGGAAUAAAUAGUUGGGAAAUGGAAGCAUGAUAUAUUGUGAUACAAAUUCUGAAAUUGUAAUUUAAUGAAAAUAUUUGAUCUAAUUUUUCGGAUGUUUGUAUGCA